AUGGCUUCGGCAAUCAAACCAUACCUUCAUGGUGCCAAACUUUGGGGAUAUGUUGAUGGCACCAGUCCUGAACCAUCUCUCACCACCAUGACCACUGCCACUGACACUGAACCAGCACAAUCCAUUCCUAAUCCUGCACAUGAUACGUGGUUCACCGUCGACCAACAAAUCAAGUCUGUAGCUAGUGCAACCUAUCUCAAAAUGCAACUUCUAGAUCUCAACAAAGGCACUCAAUCUGUUGACGAAUACCUCCAUCAUGCCAAAUCAAUUGCUGAUCCUUUGGUCUCCAUUAACAAGCCUGUUUUUGACGAGGACUUGGUCAUCGCCACUCUUCAUGGUCUUGGCCCCGAUUACAUCAUGCUUCGUACUGCCCUCACUCAAAAUCCUCCACUCCCUGAUUUCACUGAACUUCGGGCUCGAAUUCUCUCUUUUGAUGCACAACAAUCUCGUCCUGCUGCUUCCCCUACGGCUACUGCUCUCUUCAAUCACAGUCAAGCCUCUCCUAUAUAG